CUUCAGUUACAUCACUCGUGCCCAAGUUGGGACGAUCGCGCUCGACAUGCGCCAAGAGCCCACGAUUUCCCCCAGUCCUCCUUUUAGCUUUCUCCUCUUUUGCACAUCAACACCGGGGGACCUUCACUAUGCUAAUAGCUUAGUGCAUGAUCAGCUUCAUCUAACAAGAGCUCGUGACCUUGUUUGCUUCCAACUGUUGGCGUCCGAGUGCCAGCUCCCCCGCAUUUUGUAUGUACAGUUGACAGAAGCGGAGAUCUCCCCUCUUGGCUUCUCAAUUUCUCUCUAAACCUUCGGAAACCUUGAACCGGCCGAUGCAGCAACUCCAUUGAAGCUUCCCUUGGAUCAAUCAAGCUGCUGACGGGGACUGGAUGGGGGGGCUUGAGAGGGGUAUCCACCGGGCUGAUGGAAAAGGGCAGACAAUGGGCGAUUGGCCAGUGGGAGCUCCCCGUACCGUCACAUCCUCUACGUCCCGCCUCGCCCAUCGACAUCAUACGUUUUCUCUCGUCCAUCUACACACACCAAGACUCUAACCCUCCAGUUGAGGGUCUCGGCCCCUGCCUCGCCAGACGUCCGACUUGUCUUCCCACCGAGCCACCACUAGCCUCGCCGGGUCUGUAGAGACGUGCAGAUCUCGGCCUCCCUUCCUCCUGUGGUCAUCAUGCCUUUGCAGUCUCGUGUUUUCUUUGGUUCGCUGUCCACCAUGACGCCUGCCUGCCUUGCUUGGGUCAUCCAUUCCCUCCCCCUCUUUGCCAACGGUUGCCGAUCGGUCGGACCUGUUGCUAUCCCCUGACCGGGGAAGGGCGAUGGGGGACGGAAAGAGUAUAAGAGGUCAUGGCUGCCGCAGCUCUUCUCGGGCUUACAUCACUUGUUGUACCUCAUAGACUUCCAUCAUAUACACAGAGCUUCCUCAGUCUCUUAUAGAAAGAGACUAUUGUCUUCAGUUUACUUCCAUCAACUUCACUACACCAACACACCUUCACAAUGCCUCAGUUCGAGAUUCCAGAACAGCAAUGGGCCCAGGUGGUCGAGAAGAAGGGCGGUCCCGUCGUCUUCAAGCAGAUCCCCGUUCAGAAGCCCGGCCCCGAUGAGGUCCUUAUCAACGUCAAGUACUCUGGCGUCUGCCAUACCGAUCUCCAUGCCAUGAAGGGUGACUGGCCCCUCGCUACCAAGAUGCCUCUGGUCGGCGGCCACGAAGGCGCCGGUGUCGUCGUAGCCAAGGGUGAGCUCGUUACUGAGGUUGAGGUUGGCGACCACGCCGGUAUCAAGUGGCUCAACGGCUCCUGCCUGGCCUGCUCAUUCUGCAUGCAGGCCGACGAGCCUCUGUGCCCUCACGCCCUCCUGUCCGGCUACACUGUCGACGGUUCCUUCCAGCAAUACGCUAUCGCCAAGGCCGCCCACGUCGCCAAGAUCCCCAAGGGGUGCGACCUCGAGACCACCGCGCCCGUCCUCUGCGCCGGUAUCACCGUCUACAAGGGUCUCAAGGAGUCCGGUGUUCGUCCCGGCCAGUGCGUCGCCAUCGUCGGCGCCGGCGGUGGUCUCGGCAGCAUGGCCAUUCAGUACGCCAACGCCAUGGGCCUGCACGCCAUCGCCAUUGACGGUGGCGAGGAGAAGGGCAAGAACUGCCGCGAGCUGGGCGCCCAGGCCUACGUCGACUUCACUACUACCAAAGACCUUGUCGCGGACGUCAAGGCUGCCACCCCCGACGGCCUCGGUCCCCACGCCGUCAUCCUUCUCGCCGUGUCCGAGAAGCCGUUCCACCAAGCCGUCGAUUACGUCCGUUCCCGCGGAACCAUCAUCUGCAUCGGUCUCCCCGCUGGCGCCAAGUUCCAGGCCCCCGUUUUCGACACCGUCAUCCGCAUGAUCACCAUCAAGGGCUCGUAUGUCGGUAACAGGCAGGAUACCCAGGAGGCCCUUGACUUCUUUGCCCGCGGCUUGAUCAAGGUUCCCAUCAAGACGGUCGGCCUCAGCAAAUUGCAGGAAGUCUACGACUUGAUGGAGGAGGGCAAGAUUGUCGGCAGAUAUGUCGUCGAUACCAGCAAAUAGAGGAAGAGACAGGUUAUAUGUUACGCGGCGGCGGCGUUGUUUUUUUUAUUUUUUUUUUUCCUGAUGAGACGACGAAUUUGUCAUGAGUAUGUAUAUUCGGCAGGCGCUUGUUGAGAUGAGCAUGAACGGACUCAAAAAAAGAGAGGGUCGGUUUGGUGGCAGGUGGUUUGGUGUUGAAUGGUUGUGCGAGCUAGUACGAGAUAUCCUAUUUCAUAAUGUUGAAACUUGUUGAACAAACUUCCUCUCUCAUUGAUUAUUUCAUUGAAUCAUUAUCAUCAUCGCUGUUCC